AACCCUUGGAAGUUUCAGCUCAACUAGAGAAACUUGGGACAGCAGCAACUGUCUUUUCUGGAAGCGAUGAGAGAUGAUAUAAAAGAUGUGAAAAGGAGGCUUCAAGGAUGGAGAAACAACACCAGGAAAAGGAGGUGACAGGAGGAAAACUGCCAGAGGGGUUCCAGUUUCCCUUACAAUCUUCAGAGGAUGUUGACCAUCUGGAGUGGGAUUGGAAGACUGACCCUGGAAAACGGACACACUCGGAAUGCCAUUUGACGAUGGGUGGAAUAUUCACUUUAAAGCACGGGGUGAGGAGCACACUAUCUGUGCUAUUGUCAACUGACUCAGCCCGGUGUUACAACUUCAAUGGUCUGAAAGAGAAGAAGGGACUCAAGAACCACUCCUUUAUUUUACAAACAGUUCAGGAUGCUGCAAGAAAAAGUUAUCCUGAAGCUACAUAUGCGCUGACCUGCAGGUGCAUACAUCAAUUGGUUAACUGGUGCUCGGAUUGA